AUGCUUCUGCGGAGAUUGACUGGGGGAGGGGCUGCGAAUGUGAAUGCGGAGGAGACUGCCGGUAUGUUGCAGGAGACUGCCGGUUUGUUGAAUUCGGAGGAGACUGCCGGUUUGUUGAAUUCGGAGGAGACUGCCGGUUUGUUGAAUUCGGAGGAGACUGCCGGUUUGUUGAAUUCGGAGGAGACUGCCGGUGUGUUGAAUUUGGAGGAGACUGCCGGUGAGUACCAGGUGAAUCAAGGGGUCAGUACCAGGUCAGUGACAGAUGAGUACCAGGUGAAUCAAGGGGUCAGUACCAGGUCAGUGCCAAGUGAGUGCCAGGUGAGUAACAAGGGGUCUGGUUUUGAAUAUUUACAGCGGCUAGGUUAA